AUGUUACACGAAAAACUUGAAGAAUAUAACAGUGCCUUUGAAAAAAGCAUGGAAGAGCUUGAAGAGCCUGAAAUGCCAGAAGAUCCAAAAAGUUCUGCCCCAUCAACAACAGACGAAACCCCCAAAAAAAGUAGAGAGCAAUAUCAAAAGCCUACGGAUAAAGAUAUAAAAAAUCUUCUUUAUCUCUACUUCAUAAGGGGAUUAACUAUCGAAAAAGCCAGCAAGAUAAUACUUGCUUUAUUAUCUUAUAACUGCAGCGCAAGGAUAAAAAAAUUGAGUGCCAUGUACCCUUCCGCCAAUAGUAAAAGGGGGGGAGCAAAUUCAGAUGGCAAUGGGAGCAAAUUCAGAUGGCAAUGGGAGCAAAUUCAGUUGGCUAUGGACACAAAUUCAAUUUCUAUGGAAGCCAAUCAGAUGUCAAUGAGUUCUAAUUAG